CCCACUCGUACCACUACUACUCCAUGAUUCCAUUGCCCAAACACUGCACUCUGAUGGCAUCCCGUAUCCACACAGUGCCAUCCGCAGCCGCAGUCUAGGAAGCCUUGCACUUUGGUCCGCCUCUCGUUUAUCAAACCUUGACCGCGAAGGUACCGGUACCUCACCUGAGUCGCCUGGUGUCGGUCCAGCCGCGCACAAUAUGACCAGAUGACCGCUCAAUCAUUUCUCACUCAAGCUCUUAUUUGCCAUGGUGCACCUGUACUCUCCUCGCGUUUCUAGCAUUUGACACUCUUGCGGCGCUUUUGCGAUCCGUUCCAAGGACCCUGUACCACCUGUCUAAACCCAAAGGAAAAAAAAAUGGAAAAGUUCUCGCAGUUCCGUGACAAAGGUUCCGGCAUCGCUCCAUUCCUUCCCAUUCCGACCGAGCCUGCUGGGUUCGCCUUGCCCUUGCACAUAUUCCUCUUCGUCUGUCGUGUGCCUCUGCUUCUGGUCUUUGCGCUCUCAUACUUCCUCAUUCUACAAUGGAUGCCGAUCGGUAUCCUGGGCAGAAAGGCUUCUUUGUGGUGCAUCCUGGGCAUACCUGGAAUAUGGUGGAUUGAUUUACAAAUCGACGGGGUCAAGAAAGGGUCUCUUGCCCAAAACAAGACGAGAAUUCCUCAAGAAGGCUCGGUAAUUGCUUCAUCAAGCGCUUCACCCAUUGAUCCGCUGUAUCUGGCCGCCAUUUUCGACCCGGUGUUUGCUGCCACCUAUCCUUACACGAGGCUGGUGGAACCCAUCUCUUUGUUUACAGCCAUCCGCCGGACCUUCUGUCACCCCAAGCUGGCGCCACCACCCGGCUCCAGACUAAUGGACGUCGAAACAAUGUUGAAACAAAAUCCAGGCCGCGUCGUGGUGGUUUUUCCAGAAUGCACCACAACUAACGGAAGAGGCAUACUGCCCAUGAGUCCAAGCCUUCUAGCAACCCCUCCGCGGACAAAAGUGUUUCCCGUUUCCCUCCGGUACAGCCCUGCAGAUGUCACGACACCCAUCCCGCACGCUUACCUGACCUUCCUCUGGAAUCUCUGCAGCAAACCGUCCCAUUGUCUCCGCAUCCGCAUUGCCGAGGCAGUGUAUAAUAGCAAAAAGUCCUCAGAUCCGGAGUCUGCCAUCGCAGCAAAGGUUUCAUCUUCUUACACUGCAAACUAUUUCGACACGCUAGUUUCGUCAGACGGGGGAGCCAGCAGCGAUGCAGACACGCUUGUUGGUAGUGGCCUCGAAGACCAAGAACUUUCCAUCACCAAGGAGGAAAGAGCAUUCUUGGACAGAAUUGCCGAGGCCCUGGCGAGGUUAGGACGUGUCAAGAGAGUGGGACUGGGAGUUAAAGAGAAAGUCGAGUUUAUCGCCAUGUGGACGAGGUCUCGAAAGCGAUGACAAGGCAAGACGAAUGAGUUGCGUGGGUGAGUUGUUCAUCAGCUGCGGGGAGGUCCAUGAAAGAUAUCAGCACCACUUCCUAUCCGAGACCGACUGCUCGCUCAGAUGGAACGCCCUGCCCGAUCUCCGCCCUCGACACUUCUUAUGGAGUAGUGGGAGGCAUAUGGCAACACCUCUUCUGACUUUUCCUUUAUCCUUAUACCUCGACGUGGCUUUAUAUCUUGGCAAAUAACUUGAUAGAAACACAGGCUCAUUUUUCUCUCGAAGAUCCCGCGAAGUUGACUUCGGCCGACCCGAAUGCCGCGGAAAGACCACGGAGAGUGUAUGUGCGGAGCAAGUGUUUUCUGUACAAUUUGUCAAGAGAUGGGGAUCGGGCGUUGCCCUCGGUGAAAGAGGAGAUGGCUGGUCCGGUCAAUGACACCUCUCCUACCUAUCUCUUCUCGUUUGCAGGGAACGCGACGCCUCACAAUCCAAUGCUGGUCCUGCGAAUGCGUGGAGCAAGGACCACGAGGAAAUGGACGGUGGCUGGCAUGGGCCCAAAGGAGCAACAAGCGUGCAGUAAGGUUAGCCAACUCCGGCUAUGUUGACAGCGCACCGAAGAAGAGCCAAUGGUGCUCAGUGCGUAUGGGGCCAGGCAGGGUGCAAGAACCGCUCAAAUGAGGUUUGGUCUUGUGGCCGAGAGGAUGAUCGAGACAGGGAAAAGAGUGGUUGCCUGAGACCGACCCCAGCCUCACGAGGUACCUGUUGGCCAUUUCAUGACCAUCCAGGCAUCUGAGCAGGUACAGCUGUUCCGCUGCAGCAUUACUCAUAGUUUCUCGAGGGGAAGAGCUAAACCCGUCGUUUGCGGCGACUAACCGCGAACCGGGGAGAACUCUGGUCAAGCUGGCCACCUGGUGGAUGCUGUGCACUUAGUAAUAAUGGUUGAAUAACCUGAAGCGAUUCCUCGGCCCCAGGAACUAAACUUCUUCCAGCGCCCUCCUCGUGAACCUCUUGCCUGUUACAACUGGGUGCUGCUGCAGUACGGAGAGAUAGCGCCUUACAGCUCCAGACGGCAGCUGGGUACUGUUCCGUUCUGUAUCUAUCAAUGGAGCUCGAUGAACACCACCACCACCGAGGUGCGGGGCGGGCGCUGCUGGGUGCCUGCCCAAGGCAUAUUCAAUCUCGAUUUUCGAUUUUCGACUCUCGAUUCUCUGGGUUGAGGUAGAGGAGUUCGACGUUGUCCGGACCUGGGCUGCGCGAAGAAAGCCCCGCCAACACAUCUAUGCCGCGUCGAGUCCCUGACACCGCACCUGUUGACUAUCGACGGCAGCCAACUCUCUUCGCCGAGAGACCUUGCGCAGCCUUGCAGGAUCGAACUGCAAGCCUAGAGUCCCGAGUGUCUCUGUCUGAAUAUGGUAAGGAUGAGUCUAGAUUCCACUGGCUCCGACUACAUCGUCCUCCCUGGCGCGAGCUGUCGGACAACAGACUGAGUCGCGACAGGAUACGAAAUACCAUGAUUUCCUUGCCACGAUCCAUAGCCCGAACAGGCCAAAUUUGGAGUGAGCGGAAGCUUCUCCCCUGCGGCGGUGACUGACUGGUAUGCUGACUACAUUGAGCAUUGUCGCUGUGCACGGCCUCAACCCGAUCAAUACCGAGUCCCACGCUUACAAGACUUGGACUGCACCAGAUGGGACAUUCUGGCUUAAAGAAUUCCUCCCACACGCAUUAGAGGAAAGCGGCGUCAGAGCGAGAGUCAUGGUGUUUGGUUACAACUCCAACGUGCUCUUUGACACUUCCUCAGCUGGGGUCCAAGAACAGGCUGAGAACCUGCUGAAUCGGUUGAACAGAGAGAGAGACAAGAUCAAUCCGCCCCACAGACCAAUUCUCUUUCUUGCCCACAGCCUCGGAGGAAUUGUUGUAAAGAGUGUAAGUUGAAUAAGCAUCCUUCAAAGGCUUCAAGACUAUAAGCGACUGCUGG